AUGUCCAUCCAGGCCUCCCGGGCCAGAGACGCACUUGCUUUGCUGUUCAUGGUCCAGAAUAAACAUGUUUGGUGUGGUCUGAGGCGGCCACCGUGGGCAGAGGUGACUUGGGCCGAGGUGGAGAGCAGGGAAAAGGUGCUGGGCCGGGUCCAUAUUGGCCCAGGAGAGAAGGCACGUGACUGCCCCCCCCCCACCCGCCCAGUUCUCUGGCUGCCUGCCUGGGCCGGCCAAGCCUGCACCCUCCCAGACCCUAUAAGGCCUGGGAACCAGGAGCUGAGGCACUGCCAGCAGCGGCCCUGCUCUGAGGGACCUUGCACUGUCCAGGUCACCAUCAUGUCAGCUUCAGGAGAUGGGACCAGGGGUCCCCCCAAAUCCAAAGGCAAGACCCUGAGCAGUUUCUUUGGGUCUCUGCCCGGCUUCAGCUCUGCCCGGAACCUGGUGUCCCACAGUCACAGCCCCACAAAGGAUGUGGGACCAGUCCCAGACCCUACAGAGACUCCUGUCCCCCCGUCGCCAGUGGCCACCGACCUGCAGCAGACGGCGAGGGGUGCGGAGGGGCUGCUCCAGUCUCAACAGACCACGGCUGGGAACAAGGAUGUGGGAAGUUCCAGUGUGACUGCUGGGAAAGACGCCUUCUCCUCCGGGGUGGCCGGCAUCAUAGACAUGGCAAAAGGAAUGGUCCAGGGUGGCCUGGGCGCCACCCAGUCAGCCCUUGUGGGCACUAAGGAGGCAGUGUCCGGAGGCGUGACAGAAGCAGUAGGGAUGGCCAAAGGUCUUGUCCAGGGAGGUCUGGACACCUCAAAGACUGUCCUUAGCACCACCAAGGACACGGUGACCACAGGACUCACAGGGACUGCAAACAUGGCCAAAGGGACAGUAAAGACGGGUCUGGACACCAGCAAGAAAGUGCUGAUGGGCACCAAGGACACGGUGACCACAGGACUCACAGGGGCUGUGAACGUGGCCAAAGGGACAGUGCAGACUGGUCUAGACACCACCAAAUCCGUGGUCAUGGGCACCAAGGACACGGUGACCACAGGACUCACAGGGGCCAUUAAUGUGGCCAAAGGGGCUGCCCAGGGGGGCAUAGACACUUCUAAAGCAAUCCUUACAGGUACCAAGACUACAAUGUUGGCUGGCCUCUCAGGCACCAUGAAUAUGGCCACUGAGACAAUGAAGACAGGCCUGGACACGAGCAAGAGCAUGCUCACAGGUACAAAGGAUACUGUCUGUGCUGGGAUCACUGGGGCCAUGAACAUGGCCAAAGGUGUCUUUCAGAAGGGCCUGCACACUCCCAAGGACACAUGGUCUGCCAUGCGGACUCAGGCAGAUAAUGUGGCUAUCAACGCCACCCACACAGGUGUCAACACAGUCCCACAUUCACUCUCUGGCUCUCACGCCACCACCCAUGGAGUGGAACAUGUUACCCUGACUUCUGCAGAAUCCUCGUGCUCUGAGAUCAGCAGCCUUGCAGACACCUGUGGCUUGGAGCUUGUCACAGAACCCAUAGCUGCCACCAAAGGCCUUGUGUCUAGUGUGGCUUCACCUGUCCAUGCAGCUACCAAGUCUGAGGAGGAGUAUGGUCAGCUGGCUGCGACAAGCUUUGCUACACUUCAUGAUGAGUUGGAAGGGCUCGGGGACAUCUUCCAGCCCAUGACAGCUGAGGAACAAGCCCAGCUGGCGGCCUCAGAGUCAGGGCCCCGGGUGUUCUCUGCUGACCAGGGAAGCUACUUUGUCCGCCUAGGUGACCUGGCCCCCAGCUUCCGCCAGCGGGCUUUUGAACAUGCCCUGAGCCAUAUACAGCACAAGCAGUUCCAAGCCAGAGCUACACUGGCCCAACUCCAGGAGGCCUUCCAGGUGACAGACAUGACCAUGGAGGCUCCAGGUGGGCAGCUGUGCGGGAACCAGAGCUUGGGCUCCAAGGCGGAGGCUGCUGGUACCCAUGAGGUGUGUGCUUCCAGGGCUCAGGACAGGCUAUGUACACUAGCCUGCCAGCUCCAUGCAGCUUACAGCGGCCUGGCAGCCAGUCUGCAGGGCCUGCCAGAGGUGCAGCAGCAGGCAGGGCUGGCACGGCACAGCCUCUGCAAACUGUAUGGUCUUGUGUCCUCUGAGAGCAGCGGCGAGCUGCAGGCAGAGCAGCUGGCCCAGAGCAGUGCUGGUGUGGUACAGGCAUGGCAGGGUCUAGAGGUGCUGCUGGACAGGCUGCAGCAGAGCCCCCCACUCAGCUGGCUGGUAGGACCAUUUGCUUUGAUGCCUGGUGACCAGCUAUAGAUACCUGAGGGCUUCACAACCCCAAAGUUCUGGAUUAAGGGAGAGCAGAGGGUCCUUGGAAAGUCAAUUUGAAACCAGUCAUGGCUCUUGCUAUUUCCAGUAACUGAUAGCUCCUCUUCCAAACUAGCCACCAAGUCUGUUCAGAGAGCAGCACACAGGUCCCGAUGAUAGAGCAAAGCGGAAGCCCUUCGGCUAUCCUCACUGACAAGCCUUCCAGCCUCUGGGCUCUGACCCUACCUUCAGGGGCCCAUAGCUCUCUGCUAUGAGUGGUGCCACUCAACCCCAGGUCCCACCUUGAGCAGUGUAUCCAGAGGUCUUAGUUAACAUAUUAGGCAACUUGUUCCCCAGCACUAGAAUGUACUAGAAUGCACAGCCACCCUAAGGCAAGCUCCCACAGCCCCUUCUGAUACAUAGUGGGGUAUAGAGCCACUCAAAGCCACACUUAUAUCCCAGCAUGCUGCGGGCCUGAGUCUGACCGGCUCUAUUGGGAAAGGAGGGUCACACAUGUAUCACCGCACAGAGACAGGGACCACUUGACAGGGCUGUCACUGCUGAAACUGUGGUCUGCAUGAGGAUAUGCCUGCCUAGGGUUGAAGUACUGACUGGAGACACAGGCAGGUGAUGGCCCUUCUCCCUCGUCCUAUGCAUCCAAGACAAAAA